ACUGUUAUAAUUUUUAUCAUGAAGGUGUUGCUACUGCUUUGCCUUUUUCCGAUUGUUCAUGGCGAACUUUUCACAUCUAUCAGGCACAUCGCCAUGCUGUUGAAGAACGAAGAUAAUCUUUUGAAUGGUUUGGAGAAGUAUUACGAAGCUGAAGAAGUAAAAUUGGAAUGGAUGAAAGAAAAUCUUCAAAAAAUGGAAGAUUUGAUUAAAGAUUACGAACUAGUUGGAGAUACCAAAAUUCCCAUCUUUGAACCUUUGAAUCUUAAUCAUCCCAUCGAUUCUUUUAGACUCUUUCAAAGGUUUCAAAAUUUGUGGAUCGCAAGUACCCAGAAAGCAACGAGUACACAAAACAUGAAAUUAAUUACUGAUGGAUUAUCAAUUACAGAAUUACCCAAAAAAGACGAUUUUGAUGGAUCUUGUCUCUCAGUUUUAAGAAUUCAAAGAACAUAUAAAAUCGAUACUAAAGAUCUAGCGAACGGACAUGUUCUUGGUGUUCAAACAGAGCCCUUAUCUAAAACUGAAUGCCAGGAAAUAGCUAGAGUUGCUGAAGAGAGCGCAAACUUUAAAGAUUAUGGUAUAGCUUGGAGAUUGGCUGCUUUGGAAAGGACCAAUCAAUCGGAUUCAUCAUCGUUGAGAGAUGCUUAUUUAGGACUAGUCAACGCGCAUUUGGCUUUGGAAAAUUCAACUGGGGCCGAAGAAUUCGCUGAGAGAGUGUUAGAUCUUGAUCCAGAGAACGAGACUCUUUAUGAGGAAGUAUUAAAAUUAUUUAUCCAAAUUGAGGGAAUAAAAGGUCAUUCAAUAUGGAAGAGAAAUGUAACAACUGAAUUUGAGAGGUACGAAGCUCUUUGUAGAAACGAUUUUCCUCCGAAGCCUUUAGUUUGCCGAUAUCGUAAAGGAAGAAUCCCGUACGAACUUAUUAAAGAAGAACUGUUGAAUAUCGAUCCCCUUAUUUCAUUAGUAUACGAUGUUAUUUCUGAGAAGGAGGCAGAUAAACUUGUUGAUUUAGCUUAUCCUUCUAUGGCAAGAGCGCAAAUGAUUGGUGGAUGGUCUGGUAAUAAUCGAAUAAGCAAAGUUGGUUGGUUAAACGAUGAACAGGAUAAAAUGGUUGAAAAGAUAGCAAAUAGAAUUAACAGGUUAAUUCAUUUGAAGACUGCGAAAAUAUCAGGUGUGAUGACAGCUGAACCAUUUCAAGUAGUUACAUAUGGUAUUGGAGGUCAAUAUGAGCCACAUAAAGACUUUUUUGAACCGCACGUUUCGGAAUCAAGUUUUGGUCAAAGCCGUAAUCGCAUUGCUACUUUUAUCUUUUAUUUGUCAAGUAUAUCUCACGGUGGUGCGACAGUGUUCCCGGAAGUAAAUGUGACAGUGAAUCCUGUAAAAGGUGCUGCUGCCCUAUGGUAUAAUAUGAAAAGGUCUGGUGAAGGGGAUACAAGGACUAUACAUGCUGGAUGUCCAGUUGUCCUUGGUCAAAAAUGGGUUGCCAACAAAUGGAUCCAUGAAUACGGUCAAGAAUGGACAAGGCCAUGCGGCCUCGUAUCUGAUGCACAAGAUUUAGACCUAUAUUCAUAA